AUGGCCGACAGCGCCAGCGAGAGCGACACGGACGGCGGCGGCGGCGGCGGCGGGGCGCCCGGCGCGCUGCCCGGCUGCCCGGCGGGGCCCGGCCCGGCGGGGGGCGGCGGCGGCAAAGCGGGCGGCGUCGUGAUCUCGCCCUUCCGCCUGGAGGAGCUGACGAACCGGCUGGCGUCGCUGCAGCAGGAGAACAAGGUGCUCAAGAUCGAGCUGGAGACCUACAAGCUCAAGUGCAAGGCGCUGCAGGAGGAGAACCGCGACCUGCGCAAGGCCAGCGUCACCAUCCAAGCAAGAGCAGAGCAAGAAGAGGAAUUUAUCAGUAAUACCCUGUUUAAGAAGAUUCAAGCUUUGCAAAAGGAGAAAGAGACACUUGCAGUGAACUAUGAAAAGGAGGAAGAAUUUCUCACUAACGAGCUCUCAAGGAAGCUGAUGCAGCUACAGCAUGAGAAGGCUGAACUUGAGCAGCAUUUAGAACAGGAACAGGAAUUCCAGGUGAACAAACUGAUGAAGAAGAUUAAAAAACUGGAAAAUGAUACUAUUUCAAAGCAACUUACUUUGGAGCAGCUAAGACGUGAGAAGAUUGACCUUGAAAAUACGCUAGAACAAGAACAAGAAGCAUUAGUGAAUCGCCUCUGGAAGAGAAUGGAUAAACUUGAAGCAGAAAAACGAAUUUUGCAGGAGAAAUUAGACCAACCAGUGUCUGCUCCUCCCUCACCAAGGGACAUAUCGAUGGAGAUAGACUCCCCAGAGAACAUGAUGCGGCACAUCAGGUUUCUAAAGAAUGAGGUGGAGAGGUUAAAGAAACAACUGAGAGCAGCACAGUUGCAACACUCAGAGAAGAUGGCACAAUAUUUAGAGGAAGAACGUCACAUGAGAGAAGAAAAUUUGAGGCUCCAAAGAAAACUGCAGAGAGAGAUGGAGAGAAGAGAAGCCUUGUGCAGACAGCUGUCAGAAAGUGAAUCAAGUUUGGAAAUGGAUGAUGAGAGAUACUUUAACGAGAUGUCUGCACAAGGAUUAAGACCUCGCACUGUGUCCAGUCCAAUCCCUUACACACCUUCACCAAGUUCUAGCAGACCUAUAUCACCUGGUCUCUCAUAUGCAAGUCACACAGUUGGUUUUACUCCCCCAACUUCACUUACCAGAGCCGGUGUGUCUUAUUAUAACAACCCAGGCCUUCAUGUGCAGCAUAUGGGACCAUCCCAUGGUAUUACAAGGCCUUCACCACGAAGAAGCAACAGCCCUGACAAAUUCAAACGCCCCACUCCUCCUCCUUCUCCGAAUACGCAGACCCCGCUGCAGCCUGCUCCGCCCCCUCCGCCACCUCCCGUGCAGCCACCAGUCCAGUCGGCCUCUUUUCCACACUCGAUGCAUCCUUCAUCUCAGCCUUAGUGCACGCGCUCAGCAAAUCUGUCUUCAGAGUUGGACUCAUGACACCGAGCAGUUUACUACAAGCCAAAGGCUUACAACAGCAUAUUUGGAUUUGACUUAUUUGCACUGAAGUUAAUUGAGGCUUCACUGUUUAAUUGUGUUAUACAUGGGUUUUUUUUUUCCCUUUUUUUUC